CCGCUUGCCUGAUAAAACACACGGGGUAUCGACCUUCAGAGUACUUCUCUCUCACCGAAGGAUCGUCCCCUCGAAGAGCUCACACAUCGAGGCCCCCUAUGGUGGAAUUUCCGUGUCCUACGUGCGGAGUCUCGACCCCAGUUCCCCGUGGAGACGGCACAGAGAAGGGUGAAUUUCCCCAAAAUAUAUUCCUGCAGAAAGUGCAGGCAGC